AGCUACAGCUAGCUGCAACUUCAAGUGCUGCCAAUGUCAAUUUUGGUUGCUGUUUGUGGUGGUGGAUGUAUAGUCGGCUUCGCCCACAUUGACCCAACUCAAAAAGUGAUUGAUUAUAUUUUAAAAUGAAAAAGAAGUACACUGAAAACUCCGACGAAGAAAAUGAAUUUGAAGUAGACGAACCAGAGGAGAUUCAAAACAAUGCUUCAGAUGAUGAUUGGACUCCUGAUAAAGAUACAUCAGGCGGUAGAAGGACAUCGACAAGGCUCAGAAACAUCCCUAAGUCAAGGGCCCCAAUAAUCGAUGCCAGUUCGACGGAUGAGGAAGGUUCAGAUGAGUCUCAAGGCAAGCGUAAGGCAGGCCGUGGUCGUGGUCGGGGCCGGCAACCAGCAAAGAAACACAAGGUAUCGUCGACAUCGGUUACGAGCACACCCACCAAAGUAAAUGAAAGCAAGUCUGUCAGUUCCGACUCAGAGCCAACAUCCACGACGACGUACAGCUCCACCGCCUCUCCCAUAGUCAACAAAGACUUCACACCUGGUGCAUUUGUUGUCCUAAAAUCCGAUGCAGCUAAUCUGGAAGUUGACCCACCACUUUGGAAAAUUGAUGGAAAGGCACUCUUACAAAAGUACAUUCCCUUUCAGCAAGAUGGAAAAGUACUUUACAAGAACACGUCAGUGUAUUCAGGAUGGACAAUUAAUAAUAAAGACAACUACUUCCCUGUAGCAGUUAUAUUCAAGCAGCAGACAAGAAAAGAGCACAUUGUAGAAUUUCAUAGAGACCAAAUCAAACAAGGGGAUGAGUCGCCUGAAGUAACAUCGUCCAGUGAGAAGACAGAGGAAAAGGAUGUGAGCCUCAUCGACUCAUUUAAGGCCUCAGGAGACAAACCCGUUAUCAAAGUUAAAGCGUUUGCCGUUGUUCCAGAAGAAGAGAUAGGUACACCUGCUAAACGAAUCAAUGAUGGUGAUAAAGAUAAGCCACCAUCACCUGUGUUUACUGCACCAAUCGUUAAAAUCAACAAGGAUUAUGCUUCAGGUGCUUUCUUGGUGUUGAGAACUGAAGCAGCAAAUGUAGAUCCGCCAUUGUGGAAAAUCGACGGAAAAUCAUUACUCCAGAAGUACUGUGCCUUCAACCAGAAUGGCAAAACGUUGUACAAAAACACAGCUGAGUACUCUGGAUGGUCAAAAACCAACCAAAGCAAUUACUUCCCAGUCUCCGUCAUCUUCAAGCAGCAAGUCAAGAAAGAACACAUUGUUGAAGUGGAUAGGAUUAAGUGGGAUGAACCUGAAGAAUCAGGGAAAGAUGAUUGAAGAUAGUCUGAGUCAUUUCAAGUCUGGCUGUAUGAAAAGCUUUGUACUUUGUAAGAUAUACCAAUGUGUACAGAAAGCCCUUUCCUCCCUUGAACUUUUGACUACUUUAGUCAAAAAGCCUAUCAAAUAAGUAAUUUUUCCACCAUGUUUGUAAAUAAGAGAAUAGCAAUGUUAAGUGUAGCACCAAACAUGCCUAGUUUUCAGUACAAUUAUUUUUAGGAUUUCCUAUACAAUCUUCACUUAAUUUUGAUGAUACCAGCAUUUGUAGAUAGACAACUUGUUGUACAGGACCUUUCAUUUGACUAGCUGUAAGAAUUUGCCUUUGUCAUUCAAUAACGUAAGAAGAAGAAUCUCCUAAAAUGAAAGCUACUAAUAGGUGAUACUAAUUGGAUUAAGACCUUUAAUGGAUAUUAGAGUAUUAUCAUUAUGAAUGACUUCAAUCUCCUAAGAGGUAUAUUAGUUUUUAAAUUUGUAUUUUAUCAUUUGACUAUUGUUUCAUAAUGAGAUAUUAUUUAAUAAUGUAGCAGUUAUGAAAGUUUAACAAUAAAUUGUCCCAGCAUA